UGUGUGAGAAAACAACCCUAAAAUGUUUCCCAUGUGUCAGUGGUUGAGCUCUCCUGUUAGACUGAAAUGAGUCAGGCAUGACGAUAAUGACGUUUGUAGGUAAACAGCCUGACAAAGGUAACUCUCUCAGGUGUGAUAAUCCACAGGAGUCCUGCUUUCCCUUUUCCUCUGGAGGUGGGGGGUGGAGUCAGCGGUUCCUAUGGGCACCAGGGUGGAAAAAAGCAGAAGUGUUAAGUUGUUGUUCAGGGAGACUUAUUCAGUGGGCAGCACCGGAAGUCAUGUGAUCUUACUUCCAAAAUUAAACACGCAGCUGAUUCAUCAAAAUAGGAGUUAAAGAUUUGAGUUUGUUUUAAGAUAAAAUGCUUUUCAUACUUAAUUUUUAACAGGUGUGCAAGUGAAGCACAGUCAAGGGAUAUUAAUGAUGAUAAUGUUAAAGAAGUGACAGCAUUAAAAAUGAAGAAAAAAAAUGCAGUUACAGUUGGGUCGCUUUAUUUUGAAAAGCGCGACCGGAUGUAGGUUUCAUUUAACCACCUUUACGGAUUAAAAACAGGAGCUCGCUGGAGCUGCAGGAGUAGUUGUUCUGUGAUCGUCUACCUCGCAGGCUGAUGUUGUUUGGAGGAAGAAGAGGGUCCUCCUGAAUUUGGAUUUCCUCCUAAAGAAACAUCUGCGAGCAUUUUACGGACAAGGAGCACUGCUUCCUCCUCAGUAUGGAGAAGUACGAGAAGAUUGGGAAGAUUGGAGAGGGCUCGUACGGAGUCGUCUUCAAGUGCAGAAACAAAGACACGGGCCAGAUCGUCGCCAUCAAGAAGUUUGUCGAGUCAGAGGAUAAUCCCAUCAUUAAAAAAAUUGCACUGAGGGAGAUCAGGAUGCUCAAGCAACUGAAACACUCCAACCUGGUGAAUCUGAUCGAAGUGUUUCGACGCAAACGGAAGCUUCACCUGGUCUUCGAGUACUGCGAUCACACCGUCCUCAACGAGCUGGACCGCCAUCCCAGAGGCGUCCCAGAGCAUCUUGUUAAAAGUAUAACCUGGCAGACGCUUCAGGCCGUCAACUUCUGCCACAAACAGAAUUGCAUCCACAGAGACGUCAAGCCGGAGAAUAUUCUCAUCACCAAGCAUCAAGUCAUCAAACUCUGCGACUUUGGCUUUGCCAGGAUACUCACUGGUCCGUGUGACUACUACACCGACUACGUCGCGACCCGCUGGUAUCGCGCCCCCGAACUGCUGGUGGGAGACACUCAGUACGGCCCCCCGGUGGACGUGUGGGCAAUCGGUUGCCUGUUUGCUGAGCUCCUCUCGGGGACGCCUCUGUGGCCCGGGAAGUCGGACAUGGACCAGCUGUACCUGAUCAUAAAGACCCUCGGAGAUCUGAUUCCUCGACACCAGCAGGUCUUCAGCAACAACCAGUUCUUCUGUGGAGUAUCCAUUCCAGAGCCACAACAGAUGGAAUCUUUGGAGCAAAAGUAUCCAAACCUCUCACAUCAAACUCUGAGCCUGAUGAAGGGCUGUCUGCGGAUGGACCCGUCUGAGCGGCUGACCUGUGAGCAGCUCCUCCAGCAUCCGUACUUCGACAGCCUGAGAGAAAGAAACGAGAGCACAUCUCGACAGCAGGACCGCUCCGGCAACAAAAGGACACGUUUACCUCGCAGACACGUUCCCCCCGGGUAUUUGCCACAGUUGACCAGCAGCGGCUUCUUUCCAGCUCUGGACAAUAAGAGGUACUACAACAACCUGCGCAAAUUCAACUAUCACCUACCGAACAUCUAAUCCCGCUGGUCCUGAUCCGAGUCCAACCACCACCAAGAGCUCAGUAACGUGACGCAUACUCCAGUAGCACUUUUUAAACACAUUUAAUGAAGCUCCAACCACUUUUUAUGAGGUGUAUCACAUGAGGUGUCUCUAGUAUCUCUCUCGUUGAUGUCAGUCUAUGCACUACUCCCAGCAGGUCAUGUUGGUUUAUGUAUGUCGCCGUCGUUUCAGGCUGAUUUUGUAUAGAGACAAGAAGCAGUGAGCUGCUCCGCUCGUAGCUGCACAGUAGACUGAAGGAAAAACUCCAAUGUACUGCCUUGCCUGGUUUGCCAAAUGUAUUUUUAUAUAAUGACGGGCUUUAUAAGAGCAACUUGUUUGUUAUUUUAGUAAGUUAUAAUGCAGGACAUGAAGUUAAACUGCUCGUGAGCGUUUCAGAAAAUCUUAUUUAUUGACAUUAGGAGUAAAUACAGACAUUAAACAUCCUUUAUCCCACUUUCACAAACAUUUAUUAGCAGCAGUCGCACUGUACUCAACGUCUCUGGAAUAUUGGUGCUAAGGAUGUUUUCAGCCAUCUGUUUGUCCUCAGAUAUUUAAUGAUGAAUGCCAAAAUAAUCUAAAAAGAAGAUGUAAAUUACUCUUAAAAUAAACCUUUUCAAUUGCUUUCUCUAUGUACACACAUAUGGAGUUACUUUGAAUAAAUAUCACAGUGAA